UAUUCUUGAAACAGUUAAUUAUAAUUGUUGGAUCAGUGUAAAUUUAGUGAUUUUAAAAACUAUAAAGCCUGGAACUGGAAGUGAAAUUUUCAGCGCUUUGGACAUGAGUCAAAUGUUUCAUGAUAGAUCAAUGGAAAUAAAGCAUGUUCUGGUUAAUUCAAGAGGAUGAUUUUUGAUUUUUACGUAGAUAAUGGCUGCUCCAGAGUUUGGGACGGAGUCAUGUGUUGGCCACCAACAGAUAACGGAACUGUUAUGUCUAUGCCAUGUCCAAAUUAUGUCAAUGGGUUUAAACCAAGAGAAAGGGCGAGAAAGACCUGUGACAGUACAGGGGAGUGGUGGGUAAAUUCAGCAUUGAACGGAACAUGGACUAACCUAACACUAUGCUCCGAUAGAGAUUCAAAUUUUCAUUACGAUGUACCUAAAAUUAUAGCGGCACACAGGAACCGUAUACGACUGGUGUACAACAUUGGGUAUGGGAUAUCCUUGGUGUCUCUCUUGCUGGCUGUCACAAACAUGAUUUACUUUAAACGCCUGUAUUGUCCAAGAAACACCAUUCACAUCAAUCUGUUUGUGUCAUUCAUAUUUCGGGCAAUCAUCUCGUUUGUCAAAGAGAACGCUCUUGUUAAACGGGUCGGCUUCAGUUUCGAUGUAGAGCGCUAAAAUGGCAAUUUACAAUUUCUUGAAGAUAGUUCGCAUUGGCAAUGCAAGAUACUCUUUUCGUUCUUAGAUUACAUUCUGGGUGCCAACUACAUGUGGAUAUUUACAGAGGGGAUAUAUAUUUACAUAUGCUAAUUACAGUUGCAAUGUUUUCGGAAAAAAUCUGGAAUUAAGAGACUCCUCGUGUUUGGCUGGGGAGCUCCAAUUGUGUUUGUCAUACCGUGGGUUAUUGUUCGAGCAACAUUAGAAGACGUAUUAUGUUGGAAUACCCAUCCUACACCUGGAUAUUUCUGGAUGAUCCGGGGUCCUAUAGUUGGGGCAAUGGUUAUCAACUUUUUCAUAUUCCUCAACAUUAUUAGAGUAUUAUUCACCAAACUGAAUGCAUUUAAAACUCCGGAUGUUAAAAUACCCGGUAUAAAUAGAAAGUUGGCGAAGUCGACGUUGGUAGUAAUUCCACUAUUUGGGGUACAUUACAUAGUUUUCAUCGGGUUACCUGACAAGGUGGAUGAAACUACUGAAUUGGUCAAAUUAAAUUACGAAAUGUUCUUUAAUUCCUUCCAGGGUUUCUUGGUGAGCCUGUUGUUCUGUUUUCUAAAUGGAGAGGUACAAACAGAAAUCAAGAAAAAGUGGAGACGUUAUGUUCUGAAGCGCGGAGGUAGUGGUUUCAGACGUGCUGGGAGAAAAACUCUGACGUCAUAUAUCUCGCGAAUACGUAGCUUACUUUGCAAACGUGCAAAGGGAAUGGCUGUGCAUUUUGUUAAUUCUUACUUUGUUAUCACAGGAUUCAGUAUUUAAUUGUGUUCUUAUUGCUGUUAAAAACUUUAUUUUCAUUCAUGGUGAGGAAAGAAAGACUACUAAUUUUGUGAAGGUCACGGGCAUUUCCCGCCAGAUACCCGUAUAUGGGCAUAGAUUAAGGAUUCG